GUACACAGGGGGAGGCACGUGCCGAGUCGCACGUGUCUGGGGGGAAGGGGCGGGACCCACCCAAUGAGAGAGGCGGAGGUGGGUAGCCGAGACUGAAACCGGGAGAAGCUGGGAAGGAGCUGGAGAUAGAGCCUGGGCUGAGCCGACCGACGCAGGUGAGACUUGGAGGGCGGGUAGCAAGCCGUGCGAGAAGGCCAGACCCUCAGGGAGUGAGUGGGUUUGGGGGACCGACGGACCGACCUUGUUAUGGGGAGAAUCGCCAUCAUGCAGCGGGCGCGACCGGAGAGGAACCGGCGCACGGAUCCUGAUUUUGAAAGAUUGGGAAGGGGCACGAGACUGGUCUCGGUGGGGCGGUUUCCACAAGGUCGAGAGGUGGGUUCGGGUGCCGAGACCUGUCCGGAUUUAGUGCUUGGCCGCGGCAUGACCUCAGGUAGGGAGGCUCGUUGCGGGAACAGCCAGGCGAACAGCCGAGGCGAGCAACGGGCAAGGGUGGGGUGGUGGAGAAGGUGCCCAGUCAGGCUAUUUCUUCUGAACUGCGGGAGGUCGGAGAAGCAGUCCCAGUUUCUUACUGGGGGUGGGGAGUGAGGACGGAGAUGAUUUUUUCUAUUGUCUCUGAAACGUCUGAUACUGGGGAAGGGGAAGAGGUAUUAUUACCCUGUGCAGUACAUUUCAGUCUCCUGGUCCAUUUCUUAAUCCUCAAACUUUGGUUUCAAACUCCCUUGCUUUGCCCUUCACUUGCAGGUUCGAUCUUUGGGUACUCCAGGAGCUGCUCUCCAGCCCCUGCUUUUGGACCUAUGGAUUCUCCAUCUAGUGUUUCUUCCUGUUCUCCUUUCUACCUCUCUUCCUCUUUUUCCACCUCACCAGUGAACAGUGACACUGGCUUCCCCUGUGAUAGUGAGGGGGAGGACAAGGGGGCUACCCUGCCCAGGCCAGACACUGUUGGUCACAGUGGAGGUUCUCGGCCCAGCCCUGGUCCCAUCCGCUGCAGGCAUCGACCCAAGGUUUCCGGUAACCAACAUACAGCAUCUCACCCGGAACAGCGGGGCUUGGCUUUUCCUAUGGCAGGAUCUAGGGUCAAAAGGUCAAGAGAUGGUGAACUGGAAAGCAGUCUAAACAUCCAGGGUUGUACCACAGAGGGAGACCUGCUCUUUGCUCAGAAGUGUAAAGAGCUCCAAGGAUUCAUUCGCCCACUCACAGAUCUACUCAAUGGGCUGAAGAUGGGUCGCUUUGAGAGAGGAUUGAGCAGUUUCCAGCAGAGUGUGGCAAUGGACAGGAUUCAACGUAUUGUAGGUGUUUUGCAGAAGCCACAGAUGGGGGAGCGUUAUCUAGGAACCCUGCUGCAGGUAGAAGGGAUGUUAAAGACUUGGUUUCCUCAUAUAGCUGCCCAGAGGUCAUUGUUGGGUGAUAACAGGCACCAGCUGACCAAGCCUUUGCCAAGCCACCACACUAAUCUAGCUGUUUCAUCUCCUGCACCUCCCAUGGCAAAGAUGAACCAGACACAGCUUGGGCAUCUAGUUUUGAAACAGAAGCAGCCUUGGCACCUUACAGAAUGGCCAGCCAUGGACCUCACCUGGAUCCACACAACUCCAAUUUGCAACCCCCCCCUCAGUUCCCCAGGUACCAUCUCCUUGAGCCACGGUCCUUUAGGCACUGCAACCAGUAUUGGUGUCAUCCUUUUUCUCCAGCAUGGAGUGCAGCCCUUCACGCAUUCUGCCCCAGCCACCCCAGUUCCACCUCCUACAACAUCUCCUGUCACCCCUGGUGAUACUAAGAAAUUAUCUGGAGAAGGACCUCACUGCCACAUCACUGUGACUCUGCCAUCGGACUGGAACUGUACCCUAUGCUCUCCUGGUCUACCCACCGUGACCAGAGAGAUGACCAUGGGACACCUAGAGCAGAUGAGAAGCCAUCUUCCGGUUACUCCUGAUGCCCAGCUUCUUAACCCCUACCCUAGGACUUGUGACUCUGUGGUUUCUAAUUUGUGUAAAUAUAUGUAUAUAUAUUUUUUAUUCUUAACGUGUGCAUUUGUGUUGAGGGAAGAUAAAUCCUUUCUGAUUAAAGAAAUUUUAUACCUAAAUGGUUGAUUGAAGAGAAAUUGAAAACCUGCUUUGAAUACCAAUCUUUAUUUUCUAGAGAAAGGAAGAAGGAUGGAAAUGUUUCUGAACAUGAGCUUCAAGUUAGAAAUCUCGUUGGGAUAAUACAGGUCCUGUGGCAGAGGGAAAGGAAUUCUUACUUUC